AUGUUUGGGAUUCAAGAUACUUUAGGAAGAGGACCAAUUCUGAAAGAUAAAUCUCUAGGUUCUGAAAUGGAUUCCGUCAGGUCCUGGGUCAGAAACGUUGGGGUUGUGGAUGCAAACGUAGCAGCACAAAGCGGAGUAGCUUUGUCCAGAGCUCACUUUGAAAAGCAGCCACCCUCCAACUUGAGGAAAUCCAAUUUCUUUCACUUUGUUCUGGCUCUCUACGACAGACAGGGGCAGCCCGUGGAAAUAGAGAGGACAGCUUUUGUGGACUUUGUAGAAAAUGAUAAAGAGCAAGGCAAUGAAAAGACGAACAACGGCACGCAUUACAAACUGCAGCUACUGUACAGCAAUGGUGUCAGGACUGAACAGGAUCUGUAUGUGAGGCUCAUUGAUUCAGUCACCAAGCAGCCCAUAACUUAUGAAGGACAGAACAAAAACCCUGAAAUGUGCCGAGUUUUGCUUACCCAUGAAGUCAUGUGCAGUCGCUGCUGUGAGAAGAAAAGUUGUGGCAACAGAAAUGAGACUCCAUCCGACCCCGUGAUCAUUGACAGGUUCUUCUUAAAAUUUUUUCUCAAGUGCAAUCAGAAUUGCUUGAAAACAGCAGGAAACCCAAGAGAUAUGAGACGGUUCCAGGUGGUGCUGUCAACAACGGUGAAUGUGGAUGGGCACGUGCUGGCCGUGUCUGACAACAUGUUUGUGCACAAUAACUCCAAGCACGGACGGAGGGCCAGGAGGCUCGACCCCUCUGAAGGUAGAUAUAUACCUAAUAUCCUGAUGUCCUUCUUGUCUUGUUUAGCCACACCAUGCAUCAAAGCAAUCAGCCCGAGCGAGGGCUGGACCACAGGAGGAGCAAUGGUGAUCAUCAUUGGAGACAACUUCUUUGAUGGGCUGCAAGUGGUGUUUGGAACCAUGCUUGUGUGGAGCGAGCUCAUCACACCCCACGCUAUCCGUGUCCAGACGCCUCCACGCCACAUCCCUGGGGUGGUGGAAGUGACAUUGUCCUACAAAUCCAAACAGUUCUGCAAGGGUGCCCCCGGCAGGUUCAUCUACACAGCUUUAAAUGAACCUACCAUAGACUAUGGCUUCCAAAGGCUGCAAAAGGUCAUUCCAAGGCAUCCCGGGGACCCUGAAAGAUUAGCUAAGGAAAUGCUGCUGAAACGAGCUGCCGACCUGGUUGAAGCCCUGUAUGGAACCCCACACAACAACCAGGACAUCAUUCUGAAGCGAGCUGCAGACAUCGCAGAAGCUCUCUACAGUGUGCCCAGGAACCCUGCACAGAUCCCAGCCCUCUCCAGCUCUCCUGCCCACAGCAGCAUGAUGGGCAUCAACUCCUAUGGCAGCCAGCUAGGAGUCAGCAUCUCAGAGUCAACACAGGGCAACAACCAAGGUUACAUUCGUAACACCAGCAGCAUCUCACCCCGAGGUUACUCCUCCAGCUCCACCCCUCAGCAGUCCAACUACAGCACCUCCAGCAACAGCAUGAACGGCUACAGCAACGUCCCCAUGUCCAACCUGGGCGUCCCAGGCUCUCCUGGCUUCAUCAACGGCUCUCCCACGGGGUCCCCCUAUGGAUUGAUGUCUUCAAGUCCAACAGUUGGCUCCUCCAGCACUUCUUCCAUCCUUCCAUUCUCCUCUUCCGUCUUCCCUGCUGUCAAACAGAAGAGUGCCUUUGCUCCUGUCAUCAGACCCCAAGGGUCUCCUUCUCCUGCCUGCUCCAGUGGCAAUGGCAAUGGGUUCAGAGCCAUGACUGGGCUUGUCGUGCCCCCGAUGUAA